CCCCGCGCAGGUCCUGACUCCAGCCGCACCUCCUCCGGCUCUGCAGUGGCGGCAAGAAGGCGAGCCCGAGCGCCUGCUGGGUCCGGCCUGAGCGGAGCCGGGGUCGGGGCAGCCGCGAGGACCCCCUUGGAGGCGGGGCCUGUGGGACCGCGAUGGGCGUGGAGAUCGAGACCAUUUCCCCAGGAGACGGAAGGACAUUCCCUAAGAAGGGUCAAAUAUGCGUGGUGCACUACACAGGAAUGCUCCAAAAUGGAAAGAAAUUCGAUUCAUCCAGAGACAGAAACAAACCUUUCAAGUUCCGAAUCGGCAAACAGGAAGUCAUCAAAGGCUUUGAAGAAGGCGCUGCCCAGAUGAGCUUGGGGCAGAGGGCGAAGCUGACCUGCACCCCUGAUGUGGCCUAUGGAGCGACCGGCCACCCCGGUGUCAUCCCUCCCAAUGCCACCCUCAUCUUUGACGUGGAACUGCUCAGCUUAGAGUGAAGGCAGGAAGGAACACGAGGUGGCUGGAGAUGGACCCUGCUCUCUGUCCUAGCCUGCUCUCUCUGCCACUGGGACGGCUCCUCCUACGUAGGGCUCUUGAUCAGUGUGUUGACCCCACCACCCCUCCACAUUAUCUGUUCUUUCUGCCCAACGUGCUCCGUAUGUGUCGGCCAUUUAAUUGUCCCUGCACAUCUUUGCUUGAGAAAACUUUAGUUACAGAUCCGAACAUUUCAGACUGCAUUUUGUGUGAUGCAUGCAGUAGCCAUUCCUGAUCAUAGGACACAGAUCUUGUUUGCACAAUCUAUAUUGCCUUACCUGCACUUAAGCCAGACAUACAAGGUGCUCAGACAUGCGCUGUACAUGGUUACACGGAGGGACUUGAGCCAGUUACCUUUGCUGUCACUGUCUUAUCUUCUGUUGGCUGCUCACUCUAAGCCCUGCCCUCUUUGGAAAUACUAUGUAAAAUAAAGGCUCUGUGCUUGGCA